ACAAACAAUCUGCGUUCAGCUACUAACACUUCUCUCACACCUGCUACGGAGAAUUAGUGCGUGAGCUACUUACCAUGUCUACACGUAUAUUGCUGGUGGCUAUAUACACGUGAACUACUGACUAUAUAUAUGUGCGUGAACGAUUGACUACAUAUACACGUGAACUAGGCCUACUGACGAUAUACACGUGAUCUACUGAUUAUAUAAACUUGAACUAUUGACUAUAUAUACACCAGAACUACUGGCAAUAUUCGCGUGAAGUGACUACAUAUACACGUGAAUUGGCUACAUAUAUAGGUGUGAGUGUGUGUCUACGUGUGUGAACUACCCGGUGUAUACGCUCCAGCUACUGACUGCAUACGUGCCCAGUAUAUACGCCGUGUGAGCGACUCCCCAGCUACUCGGUAUAUAUACGUGUGAAGUUGUGAACUGUUCUGCAUUUACCUGUAAACUACUGACCGUAUAGACGUGGCAGAUAGCGGUAUCCACAGCCUUCAGAUGUGUGAGCUAAUGAUUAAAUAAGCGUCAGCUAUAUUGAUAAUACAAGCAUCAACUACUGGCGAUAUAAGUGCCCGUACAUACGUGUAAAGUUACUCUGUAUAUACACACCGUCACACGAGCCACCGAGUAUAGAUAAGCGACAACUGAGUAAACGCGUGAACGUGUUACACCCGGUGAGUUCUUAUCCAGAUAAGAAGCGGCGUGCGUGCCAGUGUGCGUGCGUGCGUGCGUGCGUGCGUGCGUGCGUGCCCGUGUGCGUGCGUGCGUGCGUGCGGUCGUACGACUGAUGCGGAAGCUGGAGGCGUUGCUUGGUGACCAGCAUCCGUCAUGUGCCGUCAGCGUAAGAGCGCCAUGCUCGGCUGCUGCGUCUUCGGCGUUCUCUUCGUCACGGCCGGCGUCAUGGAGAUCAUCGUCGCAGCCACUGCCGUCAGCAGGAUGCCGCUGCCCGUCUACACGGCCGCCUGCCUGCUCUGGGUCGGAACUUCCGUCGGCGCUGCGACGAUAGCGAUGGCAGGCGUUGCAAUGAUCGUGUUCUCGGUCACAGGAAACCCAACACGUAGAAGGAGCAAAGGCUUGAUAGGAAUCUCAGUGACAGUGUUCUUGGUCAGCGCAGCAAACAUAGUUAUGCUCGUAGUCGGCAAAGAGAGGAUCUGGCGGAGUGAGGAGCAAAGGGUUGCCGUGCUGCUGGGCUACGAAACAUUGUACAGGACAGCAUUUACUAUGAGUACCAUAGGAGCUGGAAUUGGACUAGCAAGCUCAUUCCUGGCAGUGGAGUACAUCUACUUUCUGAUGAUCCGACCUGUUCUGCUGUACAGUGGAGACCUAACAACGUGGACCUCGCCUUCGAACGCCGCCAACAAAAAAAGUAUUACUUCCGAUAGGUCCACUCUAGGAAAAGACUACCAGUGGGUUUAUAAAUCAAAAAAGAUCGCCCACCCCAAGCUGACCCAUUACAGACCGCACCACUAUCAGAUGGGAGAUAGUAGUGACAGCAUAGAUACACUUGCUGUCUAUCCUCACCAGCUUUCACAUCAGGUACGACAUUCCAUAGAAGUAAAGGCACGAAAAAAGCACCUGGAGAUGAAGGAAGCAAAGCAGGUCACUUCUCCUGGAUCCUCCAGCGCUCCUAGCGAUACAACAAGUCCACUAACCUACAUCUAUUCACCAGACACACUUGACCCAUGUGCGGAGGAUUCUAUACAAUCCUACAAUACGGGUUUCAUUUGAGCAUUUGCCUCACUAUCUGCCACUGUAUUUGUCAUUUUUUUGGGCAUAUGUUUCACGUGUUAUCUUUUCUUGUGCCGCUUGUAUACAUUGUAUCACGUGUAUGCACAAACUAUCUAAAUAGAUUUCUUGCAUUUACGUAUUUUGACUGUGAUUGGUAAUGAUGAGUAUAAAACUAUAAUCUCAUA